AUCUCGCCUCAUUUCAGCAGUUUGAAAUUUUGCUUUCAUUCUGGAAAGCAAUUUAUUCUCUUUCUUCCACAGCAUUAGUGCAAGCGUGUACAGAACCUGACCUAUCUGCACAUGGUGGAGUCUUGACAAGAUGCCGAAGAUAGUCUCCCACAGUGUGGCUGUGGAUGACAAUCGCAGCAAGAGAGACUAUGGCGUGAACGAAGUAUCCCUUUCCGUCUAUUACUGCAUCUGUGGUCAGAUGGUCUUUGUGCUAGACUCCACUUUGGAGAAAUUGCCCCGCCGACCGAGGGACAACUCAUUUGUGGUGGAUCUUCGCAAGCGGACCUGCAGACGUCGUUGUGUUCCAGACAAAACAAUCUACUUGAAAAGGACGGAAGGGCUGGAAUUGCAAAUCCGUGAAAAGUGUCAGACCUGUGGCCUACCUCUUUUGUACAAGACAUCGGAGACCGCACCUUUCUUCUUCGUUCUCGAUGGUGCCGUUUCGUUGACCGGUGAUGUCUCCAGCAGUGACGUAAACGUUGGUCCAGAACAAGGAGGUGUUGCCUCGUUCAGUGGCAAGUCAAGAGCAUCCGGUGGUGAUGGUGAACCCCCUGCCAAGAAGAGAGCGGUUGGAAGCACGGCAGUUAGCACCAUGGAGGAGGAAGAGGAGGAAUCUGACCAGAAAAUUAUCGAGCAGUCGUACCAGUCUCACGCACGUGUGGUUGAUCAGCUAUGGAGGAAGACAGAGCUUGGAAAGACACAGCUGGCUGAACAGGAGGCGAUCAUGAAGAACGCCAGUGCCGCAAAGAGACAGCGUGGCACUCUUAUCGACCGUGUCACAUAGAAAGAUGUCAUGUUAUCUUCUUUCUUUUUUUUGUCUUUUUUGAAAAUCUUUCUUCACUUUUCAACUCAGGCACGGUGUUUCCUCAGCCUUUGUUGCUUGUAUAUAGUUGCUGUCUCGGAGACCCCCUCACACACAUGAUUCAUUGUGUUCAGGGUCGCGAUGAUGUUCUUUGGUUUGCUGUGUACAUUGCUAAUUUUGAUUGAGCUUGUUCGUGUUUGCUUUGUUUUAUUUUUUUUAUUUCAUGGUACUGUGUGUUGCCGGUGCGCUGAUGCCAUCCUUUGACACACCGCUCCUUUAGUCUGACAUUGUACAAGUAAAAUGUUAUUUAAUUUUAAGUUGUUGCCUUGCCUGGCCUUUUGUUUGGUAUCCGUACUACCGUUUGAGCAUAAUUAUAUGUACUGGGUACAUUAUGUACAUGCAAUGUACCCUCCUCCAUUCCUGGUGUAGUCCAGAAGGUGAAGUGCAAUCCAGGCUGUAUUUGUAUUCGACUUGGCCUUGUUGCUGA